AUGAUUGACAUUUUUGACAUCACAAGGUAUGUUGGAAAAGACUACUCUGGUGCUCAGGAGGUGAUGGAGGAUGAAAUGAAAGAAUAUUACAAGAAAAGCAAUACAGAGAUGUUGCUGCGGUCAUUAGCAGCUAAACAGCUUGUAGCAGCCAAUGCAGAAGAAGAAACAUGGCUAAGAGGGGAAGUUGUUUCCAUUGAACAGGAACAAGCAAAAGUGUACUAUGUUGACUAUGGGUUCAGUGAAGUGAUAGAGAAGAAAAAGCUUCGGAAGCUAAGUAGCCAGUUUUACUCCCUACCUUUCCAAGCUACAAAAUGUAAAUUAGCAGGACUUGAGGCAUUUUGUGACAAUCCAGCAGUUGUAAAGGAAUUUGAGACUGUUGCCUGUGGAAAGAUACUUCUGGUGGAAAUAUUGGAAAGAAGCGCUAUCCCUCUUGUUGUUUUAUAUGAUACAUCGGGAGAUGAAGAUGUCAAUAUUAAUGCAGCCUGCUUGAAGGCAAUACAAGACAAAUCCCUUGAAGUUAACGUGAAGGUGAACUCCUGUCAUACGUAUGUGAAGGUGACGUGUGUUAGCUCUAGUGGAACCAUCUAUUGCCAGAUCCCUUCAAAAGGUUUGAAAAAGCUCACAGAGACCUUGGAACGUGUUGAUCAGUAUUUCAUAUCUCGGCCUGUUACGUCAGACCAAUUUCUGUCAGUACCAUUUUGUGGUAAAUGGUGCUUAUUAUUUCAUGAAGGAAAAUGGGUUCGUGUGGAGAUAACAAGCAUUCACAGUAGUCGAGCUAUAGAUGUACAGCUGUUGGAUUCUGGGGCAGUAGCUUCUGUGAAGGUGUCCGAUGUCAGAGAAAUUCCAUUCCUGUUCCUUCGUGAACUGAUUGAAAUACCACCACAGGCUGUGAAAUGUUGUUUGGCAGAUCUGCCAUUUCCUAUUGGCAUGUGGACACCAAAUGCUAUACUGUGGUUGAGAGAGACUGUGAUGAAUACUUCAGACUGUAGUCUAAAGGUGAUGAAAGUUGAGGAUUCCAAGAAACUGGUGCAUAUUUACUUGUUUUCACCAAAGAGUUAUCCUAAUGCAGAUCGUAGUAUUAAUCAGCAACUCUCAAAUGCUGACCUCUGGACACACCAGAAAGAUGUUUACCUGAGUUCAGAUAGUUCUACCAUUUCCAUUAAUUCCAAAAACGUUAGUUGCUCUACUACUGUAUUGCAGGAAGAAAUCUCUAAGAAAGACUUAAACAGCACAGUAAUAGUGUCUCUUGUGGAAUAUACUAAUGCCACAGGGAUUCCUGAAAUUCCUCCAACCUUCCCCUUACCUAAGCCUGGUGAACAAAUAGAUGUUUAUGUUUCUGUGGCCUGCCAUCCUGGCCAUUUUGUAUUGCAGCCUUGGCAAGAACUACAUAGGUUAGAAGUUCUCAUGGAAGACAUGAUUUUGCAUUACAAUACAAGAGAAGAAAAGCCAGUACCUCUUGAGAAGAACAAAAUAUAUGCUGCAAAAGUGGACAAAAAGUGGCAUCGUGUCUUAGUAAAAGGACUUCUUACAAAUGGCUUGGUUUCAGUAUAUCAACUAGACUAUGGCAGACAUGAGCUGGUCAGUUAUGAAAACAUACGUCCCCUCAUUGGAAAGUUCCGACUGCUGCCUUUCCAGGCCAUUACGGCACAGCUUGCAGGAGUGGACCGCGGCCAUUGGUCUGAGGAAGCUUCAAUUCUUUUCCGCAAUAAUGUAGAAAAUAAGCCUUUGGUGGCUGUAGUCCAAGAAAUUCAUGAAGGCCAGACUUUUUGGGAUCGAAAAAUAGUUACAUUUUUGGUGGACACAUCUCUUCCAGAUACUGAUGUAUGGAUUCAUGACCUCGUGUGUGAAUACAUAGUGGGAAUUUCAGCAUCCUAAUACCCUUCCUAAAAUUAUAUUUUUUUAUUUCUAGUUUAUAGCACUAACAAUUGAAAAUGUAGCAUGAUACGUAGUAAAGGCGUGAGCAAAUUUUCAAUUUAUAGUUGAUUCAGAUAAAUCAGCAGCACCACAACAGUGUGGAAAUCUGCCCAUUUUGUUUUCUGUAAACUAUACUUAGAGCAAACUUUUGUUUAUGUAUAUACAUUAUAAAUAUGUAUUUAAAAGCAAUUAUUUUAAAUAUUUGCACUAUAAAUAAUAUUGGCAUAACAUUAAGAGGAAUUGUCAAAGUGGUGGUAAGAAAUAAAAAAGUCUGUCUUCUA